AUGGCAAAGAUGAGACAAGUUUUAAAUAUUUACAAUAACCGUAAACAAAAAGGUUUGGGAAACCACUCCCCCGAAGAAAUGAAAAACAACCCUGACUUAGAGAAAGACUAUAUAUUUAAUAGUUUAGUCAAAAGAGACAAACAAGAAAGAAUGCCAGGCUUCAAACUUAAGAAAGGUGACAAAGUAAAAAUAGAAAUACCUAAACGCGACCCAUAUGAAAAUACUAUUGACUAUGACAACAAUGGGAACCCGACAGGUACUCGCAUUCGUGUUCGUAAAAAUAGAAGAAAGUAUACAAGAGAAUAUUAUGAAGUUUUAGGCAAACAUGGCAAAAUGUACACACUGCAAGCAGAAGAUAAAACUACUAUUGUCAGACCUCGUUUCAAACUUGUCAAAGUUCAAGGUGGUAUACUUUCAAAGACAGUUCCUAACAAAUAUAAGACAACUCCUGACGAAUAUGCUAAAGAAGUUGAAAAUGACGACUAA